AUGAUAAGCGCCUUGUUGCUUCUCAAUGUUCGUGGUCACAUCAUUCUCUCUCGAGCAUUCAGAGAUAAUCUUGACAUACGAGGCAUUGCCACAACCUUCAAAACACAAAUCCUCACCUCAAAACUUGUUGACAAGUGCCCAGUUAAAACAGUAGCCGGACUUUCAUUCAUAUUCAUUCGUCAUGAAGAUUUAUACCUUCUCGCUAUUUCGAGACAAAACUCGAAUGUUACUCUCGUGUAUGAAUUCAUGUACAAAUUUCUUUCUUUACUUGCUGCCUACUUGACAGGUGGAGAGGAACUCAGUGAAGAAGCCAUUCGAGAACAUUUACCAUUGGUCUAUGAAUUAUUAGAUGAGGCUCUUGACUUUGGAUAUCCUCAAAAUUUGGAAAUUGAAGCAUUGAAAACUAUUCUUACACAUGUUCCAGGUGGAGACGAGAACAAACUCAUUCAGAAAAUGGAAUCGCAAGAAAUCACUGAAAUUCUAAAACACAUGACUGGUGAUCUACCAUGGAGACGGCGUGGAAUUAUUCAUUCCAAGAAUCAAGUCUUUUUAGAUGUCAUCGAAAAUGUGAAUAUGCUCAUGAACGAGAAAGGAAGCGUUUUAAGCUGUGAUGUGAAUGGUCAAAUUGUCAUGAAUUGCAUGUUGAGUGGUAUGCCCGAAUGUCGCAUUGGCCUCAAUGACAAACCCAUGAUGUUGCCAAGACAGACAAACUCCAAUUCAAGCAACAAUACAUGUUCAGCCCAAAAGAAGGCCAUUCAAAUUAAUGACUUUUCUUUCCAUCACUGUGUUCAAUUGAGUGAGUUUCAAGCUCAUCGAACCAUUAGCUUUAUUCCACCCGAUGGAGAAUUUGAAUUGAUGCGAUAUCGAGUGUCACAAUCUGACGGUGUUAUUCCUCCAUUUCGCCUGUUGCCACCUGUAGUGAACGAAACAAACAAGAGUUCAAAGCUUGAAAUUCAAAUCACCUUAAAAUCAAUGUUUCCUUCUCGAAUGUUUGGAAAGAAUGUAAAAGUGAAAAUUCCAUGCCCUUCAAAUACUGCCAAAUGUCAAAUCUCUGUCCCACAUGGACAUGCUUCGUACAAGGCAGAACAUUCUUGCAUUGCUUGGACCAUUAAACGAUUUCCUGGAUAUAAAGAAAUGACACUGAAUGCUGAGGUUGAUUUAAUUGCACAAACGAGCGAGAGCAAGAAAUGGUCUCGUCCUCCCAUCCAAUUACAAUUUCAAGUUCCCAUGUUUACGUCAAGUGGCAUGCACAUUAGAUUUUUGAAGGUAAUGGAAAAAUCGAAUUAUGAAACCACUAAAUGGGUGAAAUAUUUGACUCAAACAGGUGAUUAUGAAUGCAGAAUUUAA